AUGAACAAUUCCAUCAGGGGCCAUCUGAUCCACCAGCAGUGGCCGCUCUACCUCCAACCUCGGCGUCAAGACGGAUCUUACCCAUUGACGGAUGUCGCUGCUGGUGGAGGAAGUGGUGGUGGUGGAGAAGAAGCAGGCGGGUCAUCGGCUGAGGCCAUGGGCAGUAGUAGAGAUGGAGCAAGCGGUAGUGGCGGCGGAGGAGCAGCAGCAGCUAUAAGGAGACGCGCCGCUUCAAUCGCCUCGGUCCAGGCCCCCAACACCGACGUCGACCCCGCGGCUGAUGCACCCAAUUCUUCAUCUAGCCACACCAAAGAUCACCGUAGCACCCAUAGUUUGAUAUACAUGCUUACUAGUAUGGGUCACGUGAGAUCGGUUACUUCAUCUACCAUCCAUCUCAACAAGCCUAUCUGGUUUAACGAUCUGGAAGCAGAGGAUCUUACCCUUUGGUACGUCUCGAUCCCCAUUGUGCCAGCCAACAAACACAGACCAAUUCUCCUGAACGAAUUUCUCGAGUCAGCAACAGAGCUCGACCCAGCAGACGAUGUUUCCGUUGUCUUUCCGAAGGCUCCACCCAAGAAAACGAUUCACAUCAUCGUCCGGCGACCCCCGUCAGGCGACCUCAGAGUGGACAUCAAGAGGAUCACAGACGAGUUCUUCGUACCUGGAUCGGAUGUCACCUAG